UACAGUUCACUCCUUGCUCACAGCUCGUUUUAGAGCUUGUACUUUUAGAGUCGUUAUAAUUUCAGUUUCAUUCGUGCCAAAUUUGUUGUGCGUGUUCUUCGACGAGAGGCGUCUUCCCUGUUUGAUAUUUGCAAUCCAUUGGCCCAUUGGGUGUAUCACUCCGCGAUAUGAUGGAAGCGGAUCUGGAGGUGUACUACCAGUCGGAUGGUCAGGUGGAUGGCUCCCAGUCGGAUCUGCCGUACGAUCUUGCAGAUCCCGAUCAGUUGGCCACGCCGCGUAGCAGCGGAGGAUCGAAUCAGUACUCGGAAGCGGAUAUGGAUCGUACCUGCUGGAUAUGCUUCGCCGGCGAGGAGGAGAACCCGCUGGCCAAGUGGGUGCAGCCGUGCCGCUGCCGCGGAGUCACCAAGUGGGUUCAUCAGAGCUGCCUGUACCGCUGGAUCGACGAGAAGCAGCGGGGCAACCACCGCCGAUCGGUGCUUUGCCAGCAAUGCCAGACGCAGUAUAUCAUUGUCUUUCCCCGGAUGAGUUUCCUGGCCGAAGCGAUGGAAUGGUUGGAUUUUACGGUGAGGAGGACAUGCCCCUAUCUGGCGGCCGGAAUGUUCAUGUGCUGUGUCUACUGGACUGCGAUCACAUAUGGUGCCAUCACCGUCAUCCAGGUGAUGGGCCAGAAAAGGGGCCUUGAGCUCAUGGAGAGCGAGGUCUUUCUGCUGGUGGGUCUUCCAUUUAUACCGGUGGGAUUGGUCCUUUCGCGCCUGGUUCGCUGGGAGGAUGCCAUUCUGAAGGCCAUGCGCAGUAGGUACAACAUCUUCCGAAAGUUGCCCUUUUUCCACUGGGCUGGCGAACCCGAUACCGGGGGGGAUUUGGGCGAUCUCAGCGAUAGUUCGAACAAUUUGCCACCCCUACAAAAUGCCCCGACCAUGACCGAUCCCCUCUACGUCUCACGGCUCUUUUGCGGAGCUGUCUUUCUGCCCACACUGGCCACCGCGGUGGGAAAUUUGUGCUUCAGGAGCUUGGAGGAUCCAUUGCAGCGGACCAUCUAUGGCGGGAUGACCUAUAUUGGGGUGAAGGGACUCCUGAAGAUCUAUCUCCGUCAGAAGCUCUACAUACGCCGAAGGAGACGUCGCAUUGUGAACUACACCGAUGAGAAUGUGUGGCAAUAUAUGGGUGGUCAGAUCAGGGAGGCCCCUGCCCAGAAUCCCCAGAAUCCACAGCCCGAUGCCAAUGAUAACAACAAUCAAAGAGCAGGAAAUGCCAGACAAUUUGCCGGUUAUGAUGAGCACUACGAGGACAUAUCCAGUGCGGUCACCACUGGCUCCGAAGGUGGUGACCCAGACGACGAGAACAUACAAGCGGCUGGGAGCAUUGAGGCCGAAAUACACACGGCUGAUCCACAGGACUAGUCAUAAAUAUAUAAUUUUCCUUAAAUCAGAGAAAAGCAAAAGGGAACAUAAAGGACAGCCAAAGGGUAAUUGAAGUUGGAAACGCGCAGUGAUCAGAAGUUCUGUGUUAAAAACAUAAAAACGACUAUAGGGAAUGUUAUGUGUUU